CCCACAUUUAGACAAAUCUAACCAAGCUCCUCUUGAACCUCCUAGUUUUAAAUACUUAUUUAAUGAUUUUUAUAAAGUAUUAACUGUGGAAGGUAAAAAAUUGUCAGUUAUAUGUCAAAACUGCCAAAAAGUAGUAAACGGAUCAACUAAUUCGAGUGGAAACUUUUUAAGCCACAUUAAACUCAAACAUAACUCAUUGAUGCAAAAAGUAAACCAAGCAAGGAAAAGACAUGAUGUAUCCAAAACAACAGAGAUUCAAACAAAACUGUUUAGUGGUCCAACUAAAAAAUGGUCUAAAGAUAAGAUUGGUAAUUUGGUGUUCAACUACAUUAUUCAAGAAAUGAGACCUUUAAUUACAUGCGAGAAACCAGCAUUUCGACAGUUAAUCUUUGGCCUUACUGGUUUAACAUCUGCAGAUUCUGUUUUAUUCCCAGACCGAAAUUAUAUAUCAAAGAAACUCAAUUCAAGCUAUACAAAUUAUAUUUCAAUGUUGACUUCUUUGCUCAAUAAACAACAGUAUAUUUGGACUACUGCAGAUAUAUGGAGUACUAACAAUAAAAGCUAUCUUGGCAUGACAUGUCACUUCAUUGUGUUAGAUUCUUUCUUUAUUGUAAAGAAUGUAUUUUUAAAAUAUAACACAUCAUUGCCAUCAUCUGCUCCCGUAGAAAGAUUGUUCAGCGGAGCUAUACAAGUCUUAACACCACGGCGAAAUCGGCUAAAAGAUACUACAUUUGAAAAGCUGCUCUGUUGUAGAUGUAACCUUUAGAAUAAUAUAUUUGGUUAGCUACAUAAUAUUAUGUAAUAAAUUAUAAUUAUAAUUAUUUUGUUUUUUUAUUUUAAUAAAGAUAAUAUCGUUUUUUUUUUCUAUUCAUUGUUUUUGAAGAAACAUAAUAGUCAACAAUUAUUCUCA